AUGGGUCUGACGGAGCUGUCGAGUUCCAGUAGUUCCAGAAACGAAACUCUGGGGGAGGGGCUCUUGUGGUUCAGAGGACAAACUCAUCUGUGCUCCAACAAUUAUAGACACUGUGCCGCUGCCCACACUAUCAAACCGUCUAACUGCGAUGAACAAUUCUCCCUUGUUACUGGUGGCUCCGGUACGGAUGUGUCAAGCCUCCGAUCGGCAUGA